AUCAUUCCGCUAAAAAUCUGUCUUUGGAAUUAACUAAGCACAUCCUCAAGACGGUGGCCGAAAGUCUUUUAGCCCACGAAUCAACCAUCAGAGGCGACGUUUACAAUUAUUUGCAAGAAAGCUGGGUGAACGACUACGGCACGACACAUUGA